CCGUUCAGGAAGCUGAUGCUAUGUGCAGAGAGCAGGAAGGAGAUGGAGGAUUGGAUUGGUGCUCUGAAGUCUGUACAGAAAUGGGAGACUUACGAGACCAGUCUAUUUAAUAUGGAACAUUUCUCUGGGAUGCAUAACUGGUAUGCCUGUUCCCACGCCAGACCCACCUUCUGUAACGUCUGCAGAGAGGCUCUCUCCGGAGUCACCUCACACGGACUGUCCUGUGAAGUGUGUAAGUUCAAGGCCCAUAAGCGCUGUGCGGUGCGCUCCACCAACACCUGUAAAUGGACCACGCUGGCCUCCAUAGGAAAUGACAUCAUGGAGGACGAGGAUGGGGUGUCCAUGCCUCACCAGUGGUUAGAAGGGAACCUGCCGGUCAGUGCUAAGUGUGUGGUGUGUGAUCGUAACUGUGGCAGUGUCAGGAGACUGCAGGACUGGAGGUGUCUAUGGUGCACAGCUAUUGUCCACAGCAGCUGUAAAGAGCAGAUGGGAAAGGUGUGUCCUCUGGGUCCGUGUCGCGUCUCAAUCAUCCCUCCGACAGCCCUCAACAGUAUCAACUCUGACGGCUUCUGGAAGGCCACCUCUCCCUCCUGCACCUCUCCUCUCCUGGUCCUCUGUAACUCUAAGAGUGGAGACAACCAAGGAGUUAAGUUCCUGAGGAAGUUUAAACAGCUCCUCAACCCUGCACAGGUCUUUGACUUAAUGAACGGAGGGCCUCAGAUGGGUCUGCGUGUGUUCCAGAAGUUUGCCACGUUUCGUAUCUUGGUGUGCGGAGGAGAUGGCAGUGUUGGUUGGGUGCUGUCUGCACUGGACAAACUAAACCUGCACAAACAGUGCCAGCUAGGUGUGCUCCCCCUGGGGACAGGUAAUGACCUAGCCAGGGUGCUGGGCUGGGGAGCGCUGUGUGACGAUGACACUCAGCUGCUACAGAUCGUGGAGAAGCUGGAGAGAGCCACCACUAAGAUGCUGGACAGGUGGAGUGUGAUGACAUACGAGCUUCCCACCAAACACUGUCCAAUGGUGAAGGAAGAAUAUUUUAGUCCCGACUCACCCUUGCAGGUCCACAUCACUCAGUAUGCAGACUCUGUGGCCUCCCACCUCACCAAAAUCCUGGACUCGGACAAACACACUGAUGUCAUAUCCUCUGCCAAGUUUUUGUGUGGGACGGUGAAUGAUUUCGUAGCAGAGGUGGGGAAGGCGUAUGAGAGAGCCACAGAGAACAAGGAGGAGGCCGAUGCUAUGGCCAAGAAGUGUACUCUGUUGAAUGAGAAGCUGGACAGCCUGGUGAAGGCUCUGAGUGAGGAGGCUGAUGCCAAGGUGGUGCCAGUGGGCAGCGUGCCACCCCACGAGGACCAGGAGGGGGGCACAGACACCCCUGGAGGGGAAUCCCGGCCCCCGUACAGGUCCAGAGAACAGCUGAUGAUGAGAGCUAACAGUCUGAAGAAAGCGCUGAGCCAGAUCAUAGAGCAGGCUGGGAAAGGUCACAUCAGUUUGAGCCCCACCACUUCCUCUAGCAUCGUCUUGGAGAAACCAGAGAGUCUCAGCCCUCCAUCCUUUAACGAGGAUCAGUGUUCAGAGAAAUGUGUACUGAACAAUUACUUUGGGAUCGGUCUGGAUGCUAAGAUCUCCCUGGAGUUUAACAACAAGAGAGAUGAACACCCCAAGAAAUGCAGUAGUCGUACUAAGAACAAGUUGUGGUAUGGGGUGAUGGGAACCAAGGAGCUGGUGCAUAAGACGUAUAAGAACCUGGAGCAACGGGUACUGUUGGAGUGUGAUGGUGUCUCUAUAUGUCUGCCCAGUCUUCAGGGACUAGCUGUUCUCAACAUCCCCAGCUAUGCAGGAGGAAUCAACUUCUGGGGUGGCACCAAAGAGGACAGCAACUUUGGCGCUCCGUCAUUUGACGAUAAGAAGCUGGAGGUGGUGGCUGUGUUUGGCAGCAUGCAGAUGGCUGUAUCCAGAGUCAUCAACAUCCAGCACCACCGCAUCGCACAGUGUCGUCAGGUAAAGAUCACUAUCCUAGGAGACGAGGGGGUACCAGUACAGGUGGAUGGUGAAGCAUGGAUCCAGCCCCCAGGGAUAGUCAAGAUCACACACAAGAACAGAGCUCAGAUGCUCACCAGAGACAGGAACUUUGAGAGGACUCUGACGUCAUGGGAGGACAAGAGGAAGAUUGACAGCUACCAUUCCUCCAGGCCCCUCAACUCUCAGCAAUCUAUGGAAUACCUCACAGAGGAGGAGUGUGCUCAAGUUCAGCAGCUGGGCUUGGUGGCAGACACACUCAUCACUAGGAUAAGAGAUGCGGCUAAGACACACAAGCUGGUGGAACAGGAGCUGGCUCAUGCUGUUAACGCCAGUGCCCUGGUCCUCAGUGAAGCCUUCCCCUCCAAGCCGUCCAGCCCUGAGUGUCUGAGUCGCAGUACAGCAGUGGAGAUCGUGAACAGCAGUAGAGUCCUACAGCUGGAGACCACGAUGCUGCUGGAGGGGAAACUACUGGUGGACUCUCCCCAGGAAGAGGAGCUCCUCUCUACUCUCAGCAGUCUGAGCGCUGAACUCCACAAGCUGGACGACAUACACUGGAUCUGCCCUGCCAUGCACUGCUCUGAGGAGGUGGCUGUGAGACACUGUGAGGGUGACCGGUAA